UUCACAUCCCUCCAUUUUUUGGCAUCGCCUCCGAGUUAUCGCAGCCAUGUGGGAGUUCCGGUCCAUGUCUUUUUGGCGGGCUGUGUUUGCCGAGUUCUAUGGCACCAUGUUCUUUGUGUUUUUUGGGCUGGGAUCAGCCCUGCGUUGGACCACCGGACCACACAACGUGCUCCAAGUCGCUUUCUGCUUCGGUCUGGCAGCUGCCACUCUCAUCCAGUCCAUCGGUCACAUCAGCGGUGGCCACAUCAACCCGGCUGUCACGUUCGCCUACCUGAUAGGCUCCCAGAUGUCCCUGUUUCGUGCAUUCUUCUACAUCUGUGCUCAGUGCUUGGGAGCUCUAGCUGGAGCCGCUGUGCUGUAUGGAGUCACGCCAAGCAAUAUGAGAGGCAAUCUUGGCCUGAACACGCUUCAGCCUGGCAUCAGUCUGGGAAUGGCCACCACUAUAGAGGUAUUCCUGACUCUGCAGCUCGUGGUUGUGGUCUUUGCUGUGACGGAUGAGAGGAGAAAUGGACGUCUGGGGUCUGCCGCUUUGUCCAUUGGCUUCUCAGUGCUUGUGGGCCACCUGCUGGGGAUGUAUUACACUGGAGCUGGAAUGAACCCUGCCAGGUCUUUUGCCCCUGCUGUGCUUUUUAGGAACUUUAUUAACCACUGGGUGUACUGGGUGGGCCCUAUGAUCGGCAGUGCAAUGGGUGCUCUGCUCUACGACUUCAUGCUCUUUCCCCGGAUGCGCGGCCUCUCCGAGCGACUGGCUGUGCUCAAGGGCAACCGACGUCCCGAGGCCGAAGCCCAGCAGGAGACCCGAGGGGACCCGAUUGAGCUCAAAACACAAGCCUUAUAAACACUACCAGGAAACUUUGGAUCCCUGACGCGACACAUACAUACGUACGAUCAUUUCUCACACCUCAUCCUCACACACCUCUUACAUACCAACCGAGUUUGCUGUAGGAAGAAUCACAAACACACUUCCAAAGGCAAUAGAGACACUAAAACCCCUUCCCAAGGACUAUGAAUGAGGGUAAGAAGAGGACUUCCUGUUGAGGACUGCGCUCUGUACCGCCAGGUAUAGGGAGCGAGAUCAGGUGGCUAACGCCGCUCAGGGGCACCUCUGUCAUUUCUAGUCUACUAAGAGUGAAAUACACUAGAAGUGGACUUCUGCAUGCUUUCCAGUUUCACAGGGUUUAAAUCUCACAC